UUGAAAAAGAUGGCGGCGCAUAACACACAGAAGAGCAACAACAAGACGGGGACGGGGAAACCACCCGGAGGAAAAGGGUCUCAGCCGCUUAUCAUCGCUAAAACUCCGGCGGAGGAACAACGUUUGAAGCUGGAGAGGUUGAUGCGCAACCCGGAUAAGCUGGUUUCGAUCCCGGACCGGCAGAGAGAGUGGACACCGAGGGCUCCGCCGGAGUUUGUGCGGGACGUGAUGGGCUCCAGUGCCGGCGCAGGUAGCGGCGAGUUUCACGUCUACCGGCACCUCCGGCGCAGAGAGUACCAGAGGCAGGACUUUCUGGACAAGAUGGCAGAGGUGCAAAACAGAGAGCAGGGCUAUCUGGACAAAGUGGAGGAUAACAAACGCGCAGCAGACGAGAGGACGGCCAAGCGAAAGAAGAAGAGGGACAAGCUGAAGCAGAAGAAGAUGAUGGCAAAAAAAGCCAAAUUAGAGGCGAAAGAUAAGAAAGAUGGUGGCGAUAAUGAGUCAUCUAGUAGCGAGGAUAAAAAAGAAGAUGAUGAUGAUGAAAGAGAGGCUGAUGAUGAUGCAGAGGCUCCUAGCUUCAUCAUGGGGAGGAAAUAAUACCAUCACCCUAACCCUGCUGGCUCCUGGAGGGGGUGGCAAACACAAACUGGGCUUCAAUGACUCUCAUGGUGACUCUGUGGGGUGAUAAUGAAGACAUAGGGGUGUAAAUGGGACUCACAACUUUUGGAUUAGAAGUAUGGGAAUAUUCUCCCCGUUUUAUUCUUGUAAUACCAGAAAAACACUUGGACACACUUGCCUAGAUUAAUAGGCAGAGAGAAAACCCCUCUGCAGAGUGCAUGGUUUUAUGCAGAUAAAAGUAGCCCAGUGUCCCAAUUGGAUAAGAGAUAUUUUAUUUUUUAUUUAAUAAUUGAUUUCCUUUCUAAUUGUGCUGAUAUCUCAAUGUUUCACAUGACGGGCCAGACAUACUGUUGCUUCUCAAGUUUGCAAAAAAAUGUGAUUGGAUUGUUAGGAAUCAUCAAUAUUUUUAUAUGUUUUAAUAAAGAAAAUUACAACAUGCAUGGACAUUCAGGUGUUCACAUUUAAUUCCCUUUUUAUUAUCUGUAAAUGUUGGCAUCACAAGUAUCCUACUUUAAUGUUCUCGAUGUCUUUGCAGCCUUGUCACGCAGCCCCUCGCAAGCACUGUUGCUUGUGGGCACAACAAGGUGGCAGAAAGCAACCCAAAGAAUGAAAAGGCGUGACUCCUCGAGGCUCAGGAGAUUCACGUGCGAUGUUCCUUGGACAGACUCCUGCUUUUCCACGGCGGUGAUGGUCUUCUUCUGUAGACAUCACCUUUCUUGAGGCAGGUAGAGUAAAAGAUAGAAACCUGGCAGCCAGAUAUUGUUUGGAACAGGUGAAGCUCUUCCUGUCGGACACUAAGUGCUGCCACAACACUGUCUCUGAUUUGGUUUUUAUACACAAAUAUGCAGAGUGAAGACACACACUGCCUUAAUUCAGUUCAUGUUUUUUCAAGUCUAUAAAUCUAGUCUCAAGUCUAUAAGAAAUACUUUGUAUUACCGUACAUGUAAUAGUGCUAUGUUAUUUAAUUACAAAAUAAAUGGAACUGUAAUCUGUUACAGUUGCUGAGAAAAAAAUGUGUAGUUAAAUAAGUUUACUUAUGAAAAUGUUGAUUACAAAGGGGGUUA